CCGCAGAGGAGCCGCGCCCUCGCCUCCUCGCCUCGCCAUCGCCAGAGGCGGCUUGGUCCCCAGGGUGCGGGCGCGGCCAAGGAGGAGGAGGAGGAAGAGGAGGUGCCCGCUCCCCAUUUGGACCCUCUUCUGAGGAGCAGCCGGACUUUGAACGCCCAGCUUGGGGGAAAAGAAAAGAAAGUCGGGGAGCUGGCAGGUGGAAGAGAGCUCACUUGUAGCUGGGCUGGAAACUCCGGCGCAUGGAGACAAGUGGUCAGUGAGCUGGGCUGAAGAUUGGGCACUCACCUCCGACCUGGGCUUUGAACUACCAACCUUUCAAUUGGCCAUUUUGUAAUCAGAAUUAAAAAGUAAUUGAAAUCUGCAGAAUGUAAAAAUGGCACAGGCCCUGCUGUCACCACCAGGACCCAACUGCUUCUUCCGGUUCACUCCUGAGUCCCUUGCAGCGAUUGAGAAGAGGAUUGCUGAUGAGAGGAAGAAAACAAGAACGGAGAAAGAGCAAUGCGAGGAGGGCAGUGAUGACACCAAGCCACAGCCAAAUCGUGACUUGGAGGCAGGGAAGCCUCUGCCCUUUAUUUAUGGAGACAUCCCACGAGGGAUGGUAUCUGAGCCCUUGGAGGACCUGGAUCCUUAUUAUGCAAAUAAAAAAACAUUUAUAGUAUUGAACAAAGGGAAGAGCAUCUUCAGAUUCAGUGCCACGCCUUCCUUGUACCUGUUAAGUCCUUUCAGUAUACUCAGAAGAAUUUCGAUAAAGAUUUUGGUUCAUUCAUUAUUCAGCAUGUUUAUUAUGUUAACUAUUCUAGCAAACUGUGUAGUCAUGACUCGGACAGACACUGAAUGGGCAAAGCCUGUAGAAUACACAUUCACAGCAAUUUAUACAUUUGAGUCCCUUGUAAAGAUAAUUGCAAGAGGUUUCUGUAUAGAUAAAUUUACUUUCCUUCGAGACCCCUGGAAUUGGCUUGAUUUCCUUGUAAUUUCAUUUGCGUAUAUAACAGAAUUUGUAAAUCUGGGCAAUGUUUCAGCUCUUCGAACUUUCCGAGUAUUGAGAGCUUUGAAAACUAUUUCCGUAAUCCCAGGGUUGAAGACCAUAGUGGGAGCCCUCAUUCAGUCCGUGAAGAAGCUCUCGGAUGUCAUGAUCCUGACAGUCUUCUGCCUGAGCGUCUUUGCACUAAUAGGGCUGCAGCUAUUCAUGGGCAACUUAAGACACAAAUGCUUGCUGUGGCCCCUUAGUAAUUCUUCUUACCUAGACCCACGCUUUAGAGAGUACUAUAAUGAAACAGAAAUAAUUUGGUCUAAAUACAUUGAAAACCAAGACCAUUUUUAUACUUUGGAGUCUUCAAAGGACCCUUUGCUUUGUGGCAACAGCUCCGAUGCUGGCCAAUGCCCAGAAGGGUAUACAUGUGUGAAAGCUGGAAGAAAUCCCAACUAUGGCUAUACAAGUUUUGAUACCUUCAGUUGGGCUUUUUUGACACUCUUUCGACUGAUGACUCAGGACUACUGGGAAAAUCUGUAUCAACUGACUCUGCGUGCUGCUGGCAAAGGCUACAUGGUCUUUUUUGUGCUGGUGAUUUUCCUCGGCUCUUUCUAUCUGGUCAAUCUGAUCUUGGCUGUUGUUGCCAUGGCCUAUGAAGAACAGAAUCAAGCCAACAUAGAAGAGGCAGAGCGGAAGGAGGCUGAAUAUCAGCAGAUGCUUGAGCAACUGAAAAGGCAACAAGAGGAAGCACAGGCAAUAGCAGCAGCUUACAGAGAUGCCAGAGAUGAUGGUGCCCUAGGAAGACUUUCUGAAACUUCUUCAGAAUUGUCAAGACUAAGCUCAAAAAGUGCUAAAGAAAGAAGAAACCGGAGAAAGAAAAGGCGGGAGAGAGAGCUGUCUCUGGGAGAUGAGAAAGUAGACGCCAAGAAAAUCCCCAAGUCUGAAUCAGAUGGCAGCAUCAAAAAGAAAGCAUUUCGAUUUUCCCUGGAAGGAAACAGACUCACUUAUGAUACCAGAACUAUUUCUCCAUACCAGUCUAUGCUGUUCCCCACAAGACGCAGUAGCAGAGCCAGCUUUUCCAGCUUCAAAGGUCCAACCACGGAAGGGGGCUCAGAUGCUGAUAGUGAGCACAGCACAUUUGAAGACAAUGCAAGCCGUAAUGGCUCUUUUUUUGUCAUACGGAGACCUAGUGAACGUCGCAGCAGUAACCUCAGUCAGACCAUGUUGCCAGUAUUUUCAAUGAAUGGGAAGAUGCAUAGCAGUGUGGAUUGCAAUGGGGUGGUUUCCUUGGUAGGAGGACCCCCAGCACUCCUGUCACCUACAGGACAGCUUCUUCCAGAGGUGAUAGUAGAUAAAGCAACUACUGAUGACAGUAGCACCGCUUCUGAAAUAGGCAGCAGAAAAAGGCGAUCAAGUUCCUUUCAAGUAUCAAUGGAUUUACUGGAAGAUCCCACCAUAAGGCAAAGAGCAAUGAGCAUUGCAAGUAUAAUCACAAACACAAUGGAAGAACUUGAAGAAUCUAGACAGAAAUGCCCACCAGGCUGGUACAAAUUUGCCCACACGUACUUGAUUUGGGACUGUUCCAGUGCUUGGAUAGAAGUAAAGAAAGUUGUUUAUUUCAUUGUGAUGGACCCAUUUGUCGAUCUUGGCAUUACCAUCUGCAUUGUGGCAAACACUGUGUUUAUGGCUUUGGAACAUUAUCCGAGUGAUCAAGCUUUCAGCGAUGUUCUUAAAAAUGGAAACUUGGUCUUCACUGGGAUCUUCACUGCAGAAAUGGUCCUGAAAAUCAUAGCGAUGGAUCCUUAUUAUUACUUCCAAGAAGGAUGGAAUAUUUUUGAUAGCAUCAUUGUCAGCCUGAGUUUGAUGGAGCUAGGACUUUCAAAUAUAGAUGGACUGUCAGUUCUAAGAUCCUUCAGACUGCUUCGAGUGUUCAAGCUGGCAAAAUCUUGGCCCACUCUCAACAUGCUAAUCAAGAUUAUUGGGAACUCAGUGGGUGCUCUGGGAAAUCUGACCUUGGUCCUUGCCAUCAUUGUCUUCAUUUUUGCCGUGGUUGGAAUGCAGUUGUUUGGCAAACAAUACGAGUCUUGUAAGUGCAAGAUUUCAACUGACUGUACUCUUCCACGGUGGCACAUGAAUGAUUUCUACCACUCUUUCUUGAUCGUAUUCCGAGUGCUUUGUGGAGAAUGGAUAGAAACCAUGUGGGACUGUAUGGAGGUUGCAGGUCAAGCUAUGUGUCUCGUUGUCUUCAUGAUGGUGAUGGUGAUUGGAAACCUUGUGGUACUAAAUCUCUUCCUGGCCUUAUUAUUGAGCUCUUUUAGUUCAGACAGCCUUGCUGCUCCUGAACAGGAAACUGAAGUCAACAAUCUCCAGAUUGCUGUGGCGAGGAUUCGAAGAGGAAUAAGCAUCGUAAAAAGAAAAAUAAUUGAAUUUAUUCAAAUUACCAUUUUGCAAAAAUGUAAACCAUCCACCAGAGUUGAUUCAACUGAUGUGCAAAACAACAUGCAAGGCGGGUGCAUUCCCAAUCACACUGUAGCAGAAAUCAACAAAGCUCUGGAUUAUUGCAUUGAGAAAACAGCUAGUAGUAUCAUUUACAUGGACAGCUCCGAUCAUAUGUCAUUCAUCAAUAAUCCAAAUCUCACUGUGACAGUACCAAUAGCUGUGGGAGAGUCAGAUUUUGAACACAUAAAUACAGAGGAACUUAGCAGUAUAUCUGAACUUGAAGAAAGUAAAGAGAUGCUCAGCACUUGUAGUUCCACUGAAGCUAGUACAGUUAAUCUUGCUAUACCUGGAGAAAAUAAAGACGAAUCUUCAGAAGAAGACACAUCACAACCAAAGCCAUGUUUUACUGAAGGCUGUGUACGGAAAUUCAAAUGCUGUCAAGUCAAUGUAGAAUCUGGGAAAGGCAAAUUCUGGUGGAACCUUCGGAAAACGUGCUACAGAAUUGUGGAACACAACUGGUUUGAAACUUUCAUUGUCUUCAUGAUUCUUCUUAGCAGUGGUGCUUUGGCUUUUGAAGACAUAUAUAUUGAACAGCGUAAGACCAUCAAGACCAUAUUGGAAUAUAUGGACAAGGUCUUUACAUAUAUCUUCAUCCUGGAAAUGCUUUUGAAGUGGGUGUCCUAUGGUUUUCAAGUGUAUUUCACCAAUGCCUGGUGCUGGCUGGAUUUUCUCAUUGUUGAUGUUUCCAUAGUGAGUUUAAUAGCUAAUGCCUUGAAUUAUGCUGAACUCGGCCCUAUAAAAUCACUUCGGACCCUAAGAGCCUUGAGACCUCUAAGAGCCUUGUCAAGAUUUGAAGGAAUGAAGGUGGUUGUGAAUGCCCUGGUAGGAGCUAUACCAUCAAUCAUGAAUGUGCUUCUCGUUUGUCUUAUAUUCUGGCUAAUUUUCAGCAUCAUGGGUGUGAACCUGUUCGCUGGCACAUUUUACCAUUGUGUCAACAGAACUAAUGGAGCUAUGCUUUCACCUAAGGAAUUUCCAUUUAAAAAUGUUUGUGAAAGUAAUAGUGAUGUUGCCAGGUGGAAAAACGUGAAAGUAAAUUAUGAUAAUGUUGGAGCUGGAUAUCUUUCUCUACUUCAAGUUGCCACUUUUAAAGGAUGGAUGGAUAUAAUGUAUGCAGCUGUUGAUUCAACGGGUGUGGGAAGGCAGCCCGAGUAUGAGGCUAGCUGGUUUAUGUAUAUGUACUUUGUCGUCUUCAUCAUAUUUGGCUCAUUCUUCACCUUGAAUCUUUUCAUUGGUGUCAUCAUUGAUAAUUUCAACCAACAAAAAAAGAAGUUAGGAGGACAAGACAUCUUUAUGACUGAAGAACAAAAGAAAUACUACAAUGCCAUGAAAAAACUGGGGAAUAAGAAACCACAAAAACCUAUACCUAGGCCAGCGAAUAAAGUCCAAGGAUUUAUUUUUGAUUUUGUAACACGACAAGCUUUUGACAUUGGCAUCAUGAGUCUUAUCUGUCUCAAUAUGGUCACCAUGAUGGUGGAAACAGAUGAUGAAAAUGAAUCUAAGAAAACUAUCUUAUACUGGAUUAAUGUGAUUUUCAUAGUCCUUUUCACUGGGGAGUUCCUCCUGAAGUUGAUUGCACUCCGUUACUAUUAUUUCACUAUUGGCUGGAAUAUAUUUGACUUCGUGGUUGUCAUACUCUCUAUUAUUGGUAUGUUCCUAGCAGACCUCAUUGAGCAAUACUUUGUGUCGCCCACCUUGUUCCGCGUGAUCCGACUUGCCAGGAUCGGCCGGAUCCUGCGUCUCAUCAAGGGGGCUAAAGGGAUCCGGACUCUGCUCUUUGCCUUGAUGAUGUCUCUCCCUGCCUUAUUCAACAUUGGCCUCCUCCUUUUCCUCGUCAUGUUCAUCUAUGCUAUAUUUGGAAUGUCCCAAUUUGCCUAUGUUAAAAAAGAAGUUGGCAUUGAUGACAUGUUUAAUUUUGAAACUUUUCCAAACAGCAUGAUCUGCCUCUUUCAAAUUACUACCUCUGCUGGCUGGGCAGAGUUGUUAUCACCCAUUCUUAACAGUGGGCCACCAGACUGUAAUCCUAACCUGGUUCACGCAGGGAGUUCAGUCAAAGGAGACUGCGGCAACCCUUCUGUUGGGAUUUUCUUCUUUGUCAGCUAUAUCAUCAUAUCUUUCUUGGUGGUUGUAAACAUGUAUAUUGCUGUCAUCCUGGAGAAUUUCAGUGUUGCUACAGAAGAAAGUGCUGAGCCUUUAGAUGAGGAUGAUUUUGAGAUGUUCUAUGAGGUCUGGGAAAAGUUUGAUCCGGAUGCCACCCAGUUCAUAGAAUACCACCAGCUGUUUGAUUUUGCUGCUUCUCUGGAUCCUCCUCUUCUAAUACCCAAACCAAACCAUGACCAACUUAUAGCAAUGGAUCUUCCCAUGGUAAGUGGGGACAGGAUUCACUGCCUUGACAUCUUGUUUGCCUUUACAAAGCGUGUUUUAGGAGAAAGCGAGGAAAUGGAUUUACUCAGAGUACAAAUGGAAGAACGGUUUAUGAAAGCUAACCCAUCAAAGAAGUCCUAUGAACCAAUUACCACAACAAUGAAACGAAAAUUAGAGGAGGACUCUGCUAAAGUAAUUCAGAGAGCAUUCAGGUCUUACCAGUUGAGAAAGCCAGUACGCAAUACCACUUUCAUAUAUGAUAAUGACGAUGGUUUUCCUGCCCAAAAGAACAUGUUGGCUGAUAAAUUCAGUUUGAACUUGGCUUUGGAAAAAGCAGAACAGAGCUCUUCCUCCACAACAUCGCCUCCUUCAUAUGACAGUGUGACAAAGACAGAUAAAUAUGAACAAGAAAAGUCAGAAAAAGAAGAAAAGGACAAAGAUUACAAGUACAGCAGAAAUUAUAAAUAAUUCUGACUGCAGCAAUUUGUUUACAGCUUAAGGAAGAAGCACUACUCCCAGCAGGAGCUGUGCUAAAAGUUUAUGCCAAACUAACUAUUUCUACAAUUAUCAAAUACACACAUCUGUACAUAUGUGUGUAUAUAUCUAAGAACAGUACCUGAAGAGCAAUUGUCAUCAUACUGUCAAAUGGGUAGUACCGUAAGAGACUAAUGAGGGCAAUGCCAUUCUUCCUACUGUCUGGCACUAAUGAAGAAAGAUGCAGCAAAUAAUUACAGACUGUCAGAAUGCAUCCAUACAUGUAUAUACGUACGCCAACAAAAUAUCCCAUGGCUGCAGCAAUUGUAUCCACUUUGUGCAUCUUGAACAGUUCUGUGUCCUUUUUGCCAGAGAUCUGUUGACGUGCUCAUAUCUGUGUUUACAGAUUACUAUUUAUUACUAUCUGGAGCAAAAGAAAUGAAAUGCUCUUUCCUCAGAUAUCUGUUUACAUAUGUUUCUCUCCUUUUGUCAUUUUGUGAGCUUACCGAGCAGAAGCACACCAGAGCUUGGAAAUACGUCCAUUAAAAAUUAACCCACGGUCCUAAUUCCAUAACGUUUUCUAUCGUGAUUUUAAAAUUCAUUAUUUUAGUUGUUAAAUGGUAGUGGUGAUAAUUUCUUAAGAACAAUCAAGGUUUUAUGGUUUUAAUACUUCGGGAAGCAUUUUUUGGGGUGACAUUUUUGGUAUAUUUAGUAAUUUUGGGAAGUUUUCUUAAAGUAACAAGUUUAAAAUAAUGAAUUUUAUUAACAUUUUAAUUAAUGAAUUUUCUUUGCCAAUUUAAUACUGUUUAAUUUCAUAUGUUAGCAUUAAUGCUGAUAUUUCCAAGUUCCGAAACAGCAGAAAAUCUUGUCUUUACCACAGAGCAACUGGGUUCUGGAGAGGGAAUGGGAUAGCUGG